UGCCGUUCCAGGGUUCCCACGGUGACCGCUGCGCAAGAAGCGCUUCUCCUUAUUUUCCCUUGAUUUUCCCGUUGUUUCCCCCACCCCAGCCCUCGUUCAGUCAGCCGGUCAAAUUGACAGGGAAACGACGAACGAACGAUUCGAUUUUAUCUUGACACUUCUAGAGAAUCGUCAGAAUGGGCAAACGCUACUAUUGCGAUUAUUGCGAACGUUCGUUUAAGGACGAUGCGGAAGCGAGGAAAAAACAUUUGUCCAGUCUCCAACACGUUAAAAAUCGGGCUGAUCACUACAACUUGUUCAAAGAACCUGCUAUUAUUUUGAGAGAGGAAAGUAUGAAAUCACCUUGCAAAAGGUUUAUCAAUUCAGGCGAAUGCGCUUUCGGAUACGGUUGCAAAUUUUCACAUUACAGCCCAGCUGAGAUAUGGCACUUGAGACACUUGGUCGCUCAAAAAAAUGAUGAAAAAUUGCAUCGGUUUUCCGGGUCCCGAUACGGGCCAAAUCCGAAAGAAAUAUUGGACGAAUUUUUUCGCGAUCCAGUAUCGAGCGACAACACAGAAAAACUCGAUUAUCCAACGUGGAGUGUCGUGCCCGAGUUGCAGAAUUGUAUGAAUCUUCCUCCAUCUUUGUGGCCGAUAAGUCCGGAAACUGUCACAGAUUCGGAUUUUGGAAAAUGGGGUUUUUAACGCCGCCCUUCGGCCCGCAAACUUAUCUCUCUCAUUACAGAAUCAAAAUAUUGUAAAUAAAAGACUGUUCUUACGAU